UAAGCAACUAUUCCUUCACAGCAAAAUAUGCACUUUUCAUGGAUAUAGCUGCCAUAAUGGUUAAAAAAGACUAUUCUGUUUGUGCCUCUGCAACUAACAGUAAAUCAGUGAACCUUGAAGCAGAAGAAAGUUUCGCUGAUAAAUUUAUAUUUUAUUGAAUACCCUAUUUGCUAAAGCUCAUCUGCUGGAUUUUAACGCAGUCAGAGUAGUUACUAAUCAGAUCCCUUAGGGCAAACUGGUCUGUACUUGGGAUCUGAUGAGCAGUUAGGAGGGGGUCUACAAGCUCAUAUGUAUUGAAUAUUAUAAUGCCUUGUAAGCAAAAUGAUCAGUUGCUAUGAAGUUGUGUAACUUUAUUCUGUGGUGUGUGAGUGCACACUAGAAAACACGCCUUGCGUUAAAUGACAUUUGACCUGGAAUAGAUGUGGGAGAGAGGGAGAGCCCUUCCUGUAUACAGACUAGUGUUACACGAGCUGCUGGGCUGCUUCCAGGGUUUGUUUAGUGCUGGGAGUGACGGUGCUGAAAACUGCCUUAGCAGAGGAAAGCACUGCGUUCAGCUUCAGGCAUCUUAUUACAUGCACUUAAGAUGGCCCUGGAAUCUACAGUAAACACACAGGAGUUUUACCUUGAACUGCACUUGUAAUUCUCAUGGUCUUUUUAUGACUAAAACCUGCAUGCCAUUUCAGUGCUUCCACUUCUUAUCCCCACAGGCAAGACAAACCCACACAGCAGAAAGCUGAUUUGAAUGUUUGGUAUUUAAAAUACCUGAAGUAAAAUGGCUGAAGAAGGAAUACUGCAGGAGAUCUUUACUUCUCCUUUAAAUAUAUGCCUUCUGUGCCUGUGCCUGUACUUGCUGUACAAGAUACUGCGGGGAGACAAACCCCAAACCACAGAGAACAACGAGGAGCAGCUACCCAAAAUGAAAAGGCGAGAUUUUACCCCGGCAGAGCUUAAGGAGUAUGAUGGUGUCCAAAAUCCUAGGAUUCUAAUGGCCAUCAGUGGCAAAGUGUUCGAUGUCACUAGAGGGAAAAAGUUUUAUGGUCCAGAGGGUCCUUAUGGGGUAUUUGCUGGACGGGAUGCAUCCAGAGGUCUUGCAACAUUUUGUUUGGACAAAGAGGCUCUUAAAGAUACUUAUGACGACUUAUCUGAUCUAACAGCAACACAGAGGGAGACGUUGAGUGACUGGGAGGCACAAUUUACUUUUAAGUAUCACCACGUUGGGAAACUUCUGAAGGAUGGCGAGGAGCCAACAGAAUACACAGAUGAUGAAGAUGCAAAAGAUACUUCAGACUUGAAAAAGAAAAACUAGAUAUUCUUAGGUUUAUUACUUUGAUUAUGAAACUCUUGCAUUCCAAAUCUGUCCUGAAUUGUUUGAGCAGUGCAUCCUUUUAUAAGGAAAAUAUUAAGCACAUUUUGUUUCUCUGAAAAACUUUGCAGUCUUAGGAGAUUUCUCUUGAUUCUGAAGUCAAUGUUUCAUAAUUUUAGCUACUAGAAUAUAGUCUUCUAUGUAUAACACAUUUUAGAACCAGUGUUAAAUUCUACUCUCUACAGUAGCUAGUUGCGCAGAGCCUAACUCUUAUAGGUUAAAUAAACUAAAGACUUUUUUGGUGUAAAGUGCAGAAACAGUAGUUGUAAUACUUCAAACUUGCAGAUUGAAGUAAAAAGAGUAGGGCAAUACAGAAAAUGCUUAGCUUGUACCAGUAGACACUUUUUUGGAUUCACCCAGAGCAAGAGCAUUGAAUAUGGAUAGAUUUCCGCAUCCCAAGCAGUACUUUUUUUUUUUUUUUUUGAAAGGGGAAUUUUUGAUGUAGUGAUGUGUAGCAAUUAUUUUUUUUUCUGCAAUACUUAGUUGGAUGCUACCAAAGGGUUAAGAAAGCCUAUCUUAAAAAAAGUAUAUUUUUUGGUUUACUUAACUCUAGAGGAGACAUGAGACUUUUAGCUACUUGUAAUUUCAAACUCAUUCCCUCACGUUAGGGAUUGGAUAAAUUGCCCAAAAAAGUGAAGAUAAAUGAAUCCAAAAAUUGGCUUCUGUGCAAUGUCUCCUUUUAGGUGGUAGCCAAAAAACUGCCAUUCAGGCCCCACUCACACAAUGCUCAAGUGCAGACAAUACUAAACAGGGGUACAGGACCUGUGUUGGAAAUAAGGAAGCCUGAUGGGAAAUAACCUAUGCUGCGCCUUCUGUGGGACUUCUGCCUCUAUGAAAGGGAAUAUUGUCCAGUGUUCCCUGUUAACACAACCUCUUUUAGGCUGCCACCUUCACUCAAUCAUAACAGAUGUGCAUUAAAUAAUUUCAGUUCAUUUUAUUUUAUAACACUAUAUAGGGACCACUGCAUUUUACUUUGUCAUGUUAUUCAGUAUCUGAUACAAGUUUAAGGGGAACUUUAGCAUAUUCUUAUAAUAUGAAGUAGACCUAGUUAAGGACGGAGUCGAAGGUCUACACAGACAAUUAAAAAUAAAAAAAAUGUAGCCUUACAAUUUCGGCUGCUGGGGUCCCUAAACCCAGUUGCACACUUCAGAUUACUUUUGUCCACGUGAUACCUAGGGGCACAUUCAUUAAAGUACGAAUCUGAAUUAUGAAAUCCAAUAAUUUCUGAUGAUUGCAAAAGUCAUGAAAUUUUUGUUAAUUUGAAUACGUACAUUUCAUAAUUACGAUCCGAAAGUUCCGAAAUUUUUGUACUGAAGCGUUUACGUUUGCCGAUCCGAAAGUCCUGAAAUUAUCGUAUCCCAAUGAUCGUAAAUGGCGCAAAACUCUUCCUGACAUUGAACCAUCAGUGCAUGUUUUUGGAAGCCUCCCAUAGGACUCAGUGGCACUCUGUAGCUCCAACCUGGCCAAUGGAAAGUCACGAUACGAAAGCUUGAAUGAAUUACAAAACUUUGGUACUCAUUGCGACAAAUACGAUUUUGUCCCACAAACUGACGCAAAGUACGAAAAGUUAAGUAAAUUAACAAAAAUAUCAUAGAAAAUACAAAAAAUGGUAAACUUUAGAAAAAAUAAUUUUUUUUUUAUAAUUGGACCUGUUGUACUUUAAUGAAUGUGCCCCUUAAAGUUGAUUUUUUUAGAGCUUUCUCUUUAAGUGCCUCUUGCAAUUUGUCCUCUUGCCCACUUUGCAACAGGAUGUAAACCAGAAAUAAUUGGAAAACAUCUCUUUUUACAGGAAAAUGGCAUGUGCAAUUUAAAUAAACAUAAAUGGUUUCAUUGGUUGCUGCUACCCAGACAAGUGGUAUGUAAACCUGUUCCAAGAACCAGUUUUCAAGAUGCACAAAUAAAUCAGAAUUUACACAUCUA